AUGGCGGGACUCACGAUCCCCUACGACAAGAAUUUCCUGAGGAUGGCCAUUCUGAAGCAGGACUGCACCUUCCGCGAGCAGGUUCCUCUCUGUUUCUAUCUCUAUCUCCAUCCAUCUACAAAUCUCUGUGUUUCUGUGGGCUAAUGGACUUGCAGGUGCGGGGGCUUCCGCUAACAGAUUCUUCUCUCUCUCUCUCUCUCUCUCUCUCUCUCUCUCUCUCUCUCUCUCUCUCUCUCUCUCUCUCUCUAUCUAAAUCUAUAAAUGUGUGGGUUUUCGGUGGGAUAAUGGAGUUGCAGGUGGGGGAGCUACACAGGCUGUACAGAGUGCAGAAGCUGCUGAUGAGGGAGAUGAGGAGGGAGGCGGCGGCGGCGGCGGAGGAAGAGGGGGAGGAGGUGGAGCUGACGCUGGCGACGGGAGGCCGGCGGCCGAGGAGGAGGCCGGCGGAGGAGGAGGGUUGCGGGGGAAGCUGCUCGUCGUCUUCGUCGGAGGUGGGGAGGGAGGGCACGGCGGAGAACGGGGAGGGGGCGAAGCAACGGGCUUCCUGGUUCUCCGAGUAUCUGAGCCUCCGGAUCAUGUGA